AUGAACCAGCUUUGGAACAUCCGGCAUCCCCAGCAGCACCAGACCCCUCAAAAGUGGGUCCCUAUUCUGGGGGAGCUGCAGAAGACCCUCCAGAAGGGCGAGUACCUGCCCCUCCGCCCGCUGCCCAUGUUCGAGAGUAACUUUGUCCAGGUAACAAAUCGUGGGGGCCCCGUGUUCGUGCAUCACAGAGCUAACCGGCUGACCAUAGGCGUGGCUGCCUCCCUGCCAGGCCUGAUGCUGCCCGACAUCCUGCUGAUUGCUCAGCCCGCAGAGGGCAAGGACGCCUCCGGCCUCGUUCUGACCAGGAUGAUCCCACUAGACCUUGUCCACCUCUAUGUCCAUGAUCUGUCCUCCUGGCGCCUGAAACUGCGCCUGGUCACUGGCCGCUGCUACUACCUGGAGCUAGACGCCCCCGACCAUGAGGUGGGCUUCCUGUUCAACCGCUGGAUCCGCCUCAUCAACUUGCUUCGGGAGCCUGCCACCACCUGGGCCCCCAGGACCCUGCAAACACCCCCCCUGGACAUAUCCUUGGCCACAGCGCCUGCUUCUACCUGGCACCUCCAGGAGCAGGCCCACAUCAGACAGACAGCUCUCUCUCCAGGUGCAGUCCCUGAGCCCACCUUUCCUUAUAAGACGCUGGCCUCUCAGAAGAAGAAGAAGAAGACCAAGGCCCUCAAGCGAAGAUUCAAGUCUCAGGCUGUGGGUGACUCCGUGCCUCUCGUCUGGUCCCACCUGGAUCAUGCAGGCGAUCAGAAGAAAGCCACGGAGAAGUCCCACCCAGAUGUCCAUCCUGACAAGUCCAACACCCAAGUCCACAUUUCUGGAAAGGCCAGUAUCACCAUCCGCACCAUCUUCAGCAUCAUUUCCAACACCAUCAACAAGUCACAGUCCUCUAAGGCCAGCUGCACAUCUGAUUCUGAUGAGGCCCCAGGCAAGGGAGGUGUGAUUAAAAACCCGACCCGCCGUAUCUCCAAUGAAGGCCCCGAUUUCACCUUCCUGGGCUCCUAUGAUCACUUAGAGACACUCCUGUGGAAGCAAGACAUUGAAGAACUAAUGGACCCGGAGUCCAGCACUUUAUCCUCUUCCUCCUUGGGUCCAUCUCCUUACCCACCACCCAUGUACCUCUUUCCAACUCGUAUCUCUUUUCCUGAGCCCCGUGACAAGGCCAAGAGCAUGGCCUCCCAGCAGGGCACAAGCCCACCACUCUCCCACAAGGCCAUGCCUGCCCCAACCACGACCCUGAAAGCACCCUUCAUCGUAGACCAGUCCCAGAAGGUGCCGGCAAUCCCUGCUCCAUCCCGGAGGUCCCCAGCAACUCGUGCUCCAUUCCAGAAGGCCACAACUGGAGGUGGCCCGUCACAAAAGCUGCCACCUGCAUCAACUAUUUCCCGGAAGACCCCAGCCCUGUAUUUCCCUCCCCAAAAGACCCUCCCUUCAUCUCAGCAGGCCCUGCCUCCCUCUGCUAUUCCCCCUCCCCCACAGACGGAACCUCUACUCUCACUUGCACCUUCCUGUAAGGCUCCUGCCUCACUUCCCCAGUACCAGCCGGCAGUGGGCCUGUCCACCUUGCAGGAGAAGGCCGCUGCCAAGCCAGAAGUGUUGACAGUGGGAAUUCCUGGAGGGGACAGGCUGGAGAGAGGCAGGUCUGAAGAGAAGUCCAAGCCUGUGGUCUUCUUGGGAGACCAGGAGAUAAAUAAGGUGGAGAUGAGGACCCAGAUGAUGUCUCUGGAGCUACCCUUCACCACAACCAAGAAGGAGUCUGAGGACAUUUUGAUCAGCAAGGCCCGGGAGCUUACCCUGGAUGGCUUCAGGGGCAGAGGAAUGUUGGAAGACAGGGCCUACAGGAUGAAGGAGGAGUUGACCCUGGAUCUGCCUGGCAUGAAGUCCAAGGAGGUGGAGCAUCAGAAGAAAUGGAUCAAGACCAGGGAGAUGGCCAUUGAGGGCCCCCCGCAGGAGCAGAGCAGGCCCUUUUCCGUGGAGGGGCUGGCGAUGGCCAAGCUGAUGAUCAUAGCCAACUCCAAAGAGAAGCACUUGAGACUGCCUGAGGUCUCACUGCCCUCUUGGCUCUCGGUGGCUUCUGGAACAUCCACUGUGUCCACAAAGGCCCCCUUGCCCUUCAGUCCCAGCCAGCUGACCUUCAUGGAUGGGCCACCAGUGAUUGUCAGGGAGCAGCCAGAGUCACACACCUGGGUGAAGGAGAAGAAAUGGACCGAGAAGGAACCACCCUGGGACCCAGUGGAGCCUUCUAAGGUGACCCUCUACUCUGUGCCAAUCUCUGAUGGCCCAAAGAUAGUCGAUGACCCCCAGGUUCCCAUCGCCCUGCCUGCCUCAGGGUGGGAAGACUUGACGUCACAAUCUCCCCUGGAAGCAGCCCCCACCUCCAGGAGCCCGGGCUCAGUCAGAAUCGUGGACUCCAUCAGGUCCCCUGGCUCAGUCAGGACCCGCGGCUCGCUCAAGUCCCCUGGCUCAGUCAGGACCCGGGGCUCGCUCAAGUCCCCUGGCUCAGUCAGGACCCGGGGCUCGCUCAAGUCCCCUGGCUCAGUCAGGACCCGGGUCUCACUCAGGAUGCCUGGCUCAGUCAAGACACCUGGCACAGUCAGUGAGCCCGGCUCAGUCAAGACACCCGCCACAGUCAGCAUGCCUGGUUCAGUCAGGGCGCCCACCACAGUCAGUGCGCCAGGCUCAGUCAGGGCACCAGGCUCAGUCAGGGCACCCACCACAGUCAGCGCACCAGGCUCAGUCAGGGCGCCAGGCACAGUCAGUGAGCCAGGCUCAGUCAAGACACCCGCCACAGUCAGCAUGCCUGGUUCAGUCAGGGCGCCCACCACAGUCAGCGCACCAGGCUCAGUCAGGGCACCCACCACAGUCAGCGAGCCUGGCUCAGUCAAGAUGCCCACCACAGUCAGCACACCUGGCACAGUCAGCGCUCCCGGCUCAGUCAGGGUGCCCGGCUCAGUUAGAACGCCAGGCUCAGUCAGGACGCCAGGCUCAGUCAGGACUCCCCAACUGGCCAGGAGAAUAUCUCAAGAACCUGAAAGCAUGCUGAGCCAGCAUCCUCUGGCCAAGGCGGGAUCAUCCUCAGAAAUUCUCCGGCCUGUGCUCUUGGAAAUUGACGAUAGGAGUGAUGUGGUCACCAAGGCAGAGAUAACAACGGAAGAACAGGGCUCCUUUCACCCAUCGCCCAGGUACUUGGGAUCAGCUGCUAAUGCUUAUUGUCAACUCCUUAGUCUGCAGGAGAGUGGGGAUCUGUUCCCUGAUGUCACCUUAGAUAGACUCUAUGUUUAUGUAUAUCUGGGUGGUUGUCGCCAGGGCCCAGGGCCUGCUGAGCUAACCUGCAUCAGUGUUUACUGUGUCUGGGUGUUGUUCUAG